AUGAGCGGCCAAAUUGCCACAGAGACGCCACAAAACACAGUCUGCAGCAUAGCCUUUCUCAAGCGCAAAGCGGACUUGACGCAGGAGGAGUUCUACCAUCACUGGGAGAAUGUCCACGGGCCUCUUGUCAGACCCUGGGCCGAGAAGCAUGGCUUCAUCUCCUACACCCAGGUCCAUGCCGCGCAGGCGAUGAACAAAGGAGCAACACCUAUAGGACCCGAGUCUCGCGAUGCCAACUCUUUGGUGGGCUUCGACGGAUGCGCCGUCUUCGAACUGCCCAGCCUCGAGGUGUUUACAGCCGCUUUCAAGGAUGACUACUACCUCAACGUGAUCGAACCCGACGAGAAGAACUUUAUCGACAAGAAGGCCGGUGUAAUGAGGUCCAGGGGCGAUAUGAGGAAGAUCCUGUAG